AUGGGGGCUGAGCGACUGUUGCAGUUUGAUGACGGAGGUUGCUGCACAGUCCGAAGUCACCGGAGGUGUGACUCGAUUGGAGCAAACACGACAGCUGGAUCCGGACGGCGUAGGCCAUCAAUGGAUGGUCGCCUCGCAGUGAUUCGGUGGAUCCAGGUUGAUGAUCUGAAGGUCCAAAAGUGUGAAAUACCAUGGAAACGAGUUAAAGCGAGCACACGGAAGAAAAAAAGAUCUUUCUCGGUCGGAUGCGUGAAGGCUGGUCGUGCGCUAGCAUCGAGGACGGUUGGAGAUCUCAACACGCAAAGGGGCGGUUUCCGUCCAGAAAUCGGUAGGGAGCGUGGUCGUCGGGAGUUGUGGCAUUUCUCAUGGGGAGGUCGUCGGUGUUGGUCUGUUGUAUGGUGUCUUCCGCGGAUAAAGACAGCUGCUUCAAAGUCGAAAGAAGGGAGCGCCUCUCAAGCCUCUAUCGAAACCACUGACAAUGUAACUCCAUCCGAAACAACAACCAUUGCUGCAACAACAACAACAACAAUACCAACAACAACCAAUGUUCCAACUCCACAGACCAACAAACUUCCGCCUACCACUCCAAAGAAGCGAAAAUCAAACACCACUGGGGAAGACCCCAAGGCUGGAGGAAACUUACCAACUGCUUCGAAGAAGAAGCAGAAGAAGGAUAUUUUGAAAAGUAUCGUACCAACUAGUCUAGCAACCUCUCUUACGAGAGUCCACAGAAUAUCUUAA